UGCUCCGAUGGACCUCGUGCAUGCUUCCUGGUCGUCAUCGCCAUUUAUGCAGUUACAUAUUUUGCCCUUACCCUGGUUAGUGGUGGUGUUUGCGUCCUUGGUUUUAUUUCUCGCUUCAAGACCUUAGUUCAGUUUGUUUGUUUAGUUUUGCAUGUCAUCGAACAACGAUUAUCGGAAGUACUGAGAGCCGGUGAACGUCUCGGCAUUUCUCCUGAAGAGGUACUGGAGGAUCUGCGCCAUCGUAAUCAGUUCGCAGAGUGA